AUGAUGGCCGCCGAAUGGACCAUUGUUGAUGAAAUAAGGCUUUUCAGAUGGGCUGCAGAAUUCAAGCCAGCAGGAAUUCAUAAGCAUUUCCAUAUGAUAUGCAUAGUAGAGAGAUUGAAUCAUCCAGAAAAGUAUCCCGUGACACUGCUGCAAAAGGAUGGUUCGAAACCUGGCAAGGCUUUUACCGCGAAUGAUGUAUGGGAGAAGCUAUCCCUAUACUACGAUCUUGAUGCCAUGGACAAUCUGGAAUAUCGGAAACCGACAGACCCUUAUGUGCCGACUGGCGGUUCAGACGAAAGCAUGCUGGAGAAGAGGUACGACUUGGCGUUUCAGCGCGAGUUUGAGCUGACCUGGGACGAGUAUGGGGAACUGAUACUGGCCAAUGCGAGAGACGAUGUAGCAGACCAAGAGGAAGAACGAGAAGGAAACGAAAGUACCACGAACAAGAUGCUCAAGGUUGAGAAGAGUAUUCAUCCAAAAUUUGAGGAUCACAAAGAAAUAACGAAUGAAUUAGAACCUCUUUCAGGCAAUAUUCGCACAAGAAGGUCAAAUAGACUUCGCAAAUCUCCAAAAGUCGACGCAGAUAAGGACAAUAGCGACCAAAGUGGACCUGACUCUUUCAGCAAUGAAAGUGCUCCCAAAGAUAACUAUGAGCAAACAGUAGACCUUAAGAAGGCACCUGAUGACAAAGUGUACCAAGGCAAAAUGCAGCAGAUUGGUGAAGAAAGCAAGCUAGCUCAUGAGCUAGGACAAAAACAACAGCAAAAAUCAGAGAAAGAGUACGAGAAACAGAGGGAAAGUGAACAAGAAAAAGAGAAGAAGGAAUCAAAAGAGAACGAUCAAAAACGAGAACUGGAACAAGUGCACGAACAGGUGCAGAGACAGGCGCAGGAACAGGAACAAGUACACAAACAGGUACAAGAACAGGUACAAGGACAGGCACAAGGACAGGCACAAGAACAGGUGCACGAACAGUUACACGAACAGUUACACGAACAGAAUCAGAAGCAGCAACAGCAAAGGCGAGAGGAAGAGAAACAGGAGGGAAAUGAAAAGGAGCAUAAGAAACAGCAGCGAAAAGAGCCUCAACAAACUCAGGGAAAAGAUCUGCAACAAAAACAAGAGAAAGUACAAGACAAGGUUCAAGACAAAGCUCAUGAAAAAGUGAAAGAGAAGGGAGAAAUGAAAGUACAAGAAAAAGAAGAAAUGAAAGUACAAGAAAAAGAGGAAGAAGUGAAGGUGCAAGACAAAGAAGAAGAGAAAGAAACGAAGAAUGUACGAGGGCAGGUACCGGAGAAAGAGCCAAAGAAGGUUCAAGAUAUCGAUGACAAAGAAAUUCAGAACAUGGACCAAAAGCAAGAAAUUACAGAAGUGAGAAGAACGCAACAAGAAUCUCCUCACGAUGGUCCAGAUAAACAUGCCCCUCAAAAUGAAAGUUUAAAAGGCAUCGAUUCAGCUACUGAAGAGGGCAUAGAAACCAAAUUGAGCCACGGAAACGAUCAAUGGAAGGCGGAGAGCGGAGAUGAACGAAGCACCUCUGAAGACUUGCGUAAAGAGGAAAUAUCGGACAUAGAUGUAGUGAUCAAUGUCAACGUCAAUGCCAAUCUCUCAAAGAUACCAUCUAAUGAUCAGCCUCUUGCGAAGAGAACGCGACAUUCAUCAGUAGCAACUCCUGGACCUACUGAACUUUCUCCGAAGAGGAGAAAGAGAAAUGAGGCCACACCAUCUAUUGAUGCAAAGACGAUUGAAUCCACUAAAGGGCCGAAAACAGGGUCCGAAACAGAGUCCAAACCCGACUCCAAAACUGAUUCCAAAACUGAUUCCAAAACUGAUUCCAAAACUGAUUCCAAAACUGAUUCCAAAACUGAUUCCAAAACUGAUUCCAAAACUGAUUCCAAAACUGAUUCCAAAACUGAAAAUAAAGCCCAGAAUACACCAAGCACUGAUCAAGUAAGUCCACCGGCCACCAAAGCACCUAAACGGGUCAGCACAAGAGUGUCUAGUAGGCUUCGGAAUAGAAAGUAG